CAAAGCCAACACCGACCAUUCUUCUUUUUUACAGCUCCUCACCAUUCAGAUCUCAACGCACUUCUAAACACUUUUCCCAUUCAUAAAAACUCCUGCAAGCCCAAGAAUCCCUUCACAUUCCAUUCCCCGAGAAGCCAUUAAUGCUUUAACCUCCUCUCUCCCACCCCCCACCCCCCUUUCUCUCAAAUACCUUUCCUACAACUGAAGCAGAGCUCCAUAAAGGGAGAGGAAAAUAUGCCCAAGCAAAGAGCGCCAAUUUUCGAAAGAGCUUUGAAUCUCUUAAAUAUCCCUAUUUUCAUGGCGAAAAUGGGAAAACCCUCUUGCCCAAAGCUCGUUUUCCUGAAGAAGACGAGAGAGUUGAAGAAACUCAAGGUUCUUAAGUACUACAACUACGCUUACAUCGAAGAGUAUCAGUUUUCUCCUUCAGAUACUCCUCUGAUUCACUAUCACAGAAAUGCAUUCAAGAAGAGAGGACGUGGCCGAUAUAUUGAUUCAUUGUUCUUCCUCUGCAGUUGUUCGGGUGGUUCAAGAGUCGAUGGAGAAUAUGAAGGAGAUGGAGAAAACGAUUUUGCGUUAGAAGCUCCACCAAUCAUUUCUGAUGGUACUGCAGAAGAAUUGCCUGAGCCAUUGGAUUGGGAUGGCGAAGACGACUCUGUUGAUCAGAGAGCAGAGAUGUUCAUCCAGAGGUUCUAUGAAGAAAUGAGAAUGCAGAUGCAGGAGUCAGUUUUGCAAUACAAUGAAAUGUUGGACAGGGGAUGCAAUUGAAGAACUUACCCCAUUUGGAUUUAUUCAGUCAAAGAUUAUUCAUUUUGAUUUUUUUCCCCCUGAAGUCUCCACAUAUAUUAUUUUUCUGGGGACUGUGGAGAUGGUCUUUUAUUUUCUUCCAUUUUUUUACUUCUGGUUCUGUGAAAGGUCUUUCUUUUCACUAGCAAUAAGUGGACUGGAUAAGUGCUUUCAAGUUCAUUGUCUCAGAAAUUUGCUGAUUGAGAUUGUGAAUGAAGAGUAGUAGUGAUUUAAAUUCCACAAAA